GUUAAUCAUCCAAUUUUUUAGGUCUCCUGAAAUACUUUAAUUGUAUCUAAAGGACCAAAAUGGUAAUUGAUGACCCACCAAACAGUCAACAUGAAUCUUUGAACCCAUAUAGAGAAGAUACGAAAGCUAAGGAUGAACUAAGCAUGGAAUCCAACUCUCCACGCUCUCAACUCCUUGAAACACCACCACCCAUCACCACCGCCACCGCCGCCGCCACCGCCACCCCCAAGAAACUAGCUUUAAUCCCACUUGUUUUCCUUAUCUUCUUUGAGGUCUCCGGCGGGCCAUAUGGUGAAGAAUCCACCGUGGGUGCUGCAGGGCCUCUUUGGGCCUUAUUGGGCUUCCUCAUUUUUCCCUUUAUCUGGAGCAUCCCUGAGGCUCUCAUCACCGCCGAGCUCACCGCUGCCUUCCCCGGCAACGGCAGUUUUGUCAUCUGGGCUGACCAGGCUUUUGGGCCCUUCUGGGGUUCGCUGUUGGGCUCCUGGAAGUUCCUUACUGGUGUCCUGAACUUGGCCUCAUACCCAGUUCUUUGCAUGGAUUAUCUCAAGCUAGUGUUUCCAGUUUUCUCUACAGGUUUGCCUCACUAUGUUGCAGUAUUAGUCUUAACUUUGAUGCUAUCUUUUCUGAACUACACAGGCUUGGCUAUAGUUGGAUACACUGCAGUGACUUUGGGUGUUGUAUCCCUCUCACCAUUCGUAGUAUUGACUCUGUUUUCAUUCCCCAAGAUCGAUCCUUCCAGGUGGAUCAGUUUGGGCGAAAAGGGUGUCCAAAAAGAUUGGACUUUGUAUUUCAAUACUCUUUUUUGGAACUUGAAUUUCUGGGAUUCUGCUAGUACUUUAGCAGGGGAAGUUGAGGACCCUCGAAGAACUUUUCCAAAAGCACUUUUUGCUGCUGGGUUGGUCACUUGUUUGGGUUAUUUAGUGCCUCUUUUAGCUGCUACUGGGGCUAUACCACUAAAACAAGAAGAUUGGGUUGAUGGGUAUUUUGCUGAUUUGGGUGAAAUGAUUGCUGGGAAAUGGUUGAAGAUUUGGAUUGAAAUCGGUGCAUGUUUGUCAGUUGCUGGACUUUAUGAAGCUCAAUUAAGCAGCUGUGUAUACCAGCUUCUGGGUAUGGCAGAUUUAGGAUUUUUGCCAGUGUCUUUUGGAGUGAGAUCAAGGUGGUUUAACACACCUUGGUUGGGAAUUUUAAUCUCAACAAUAAUAGCACUAGCAGGUUCUUACAUGGAUUUUGAUAAUAUAAUUUCUUCAGUGAAUUUCUUGUAUUGCUUGGGUAUGUUACUGGAAUUUGCAUCAUUUUUAUGGUUAAGAAGAAAAUUGCCAAAUAUAAAGAGGCCAUUUAGAGUGCCAAUGGGGUUGCCUGGUCUGGUAAUCAUGUGCUUGAUUCCAUCUGGGUUUUUGGUCUAUGUAAUGGCAGUGGCAACCACAACUGUGUAUUUGGUGAGUGCUAUUUUAACUCUUCUUGGUAUUCUUUGGUAUUUUUUCAUCAAGUUCUGCAAAUCAAAGAUGUGGGUUCAGUUUAACAAUGCAGAAGCACAAUUGGAGUAUCAGGACUAGAGUGUUGUGAAGGAUUUAUUAGCUUUUCUAAAUGUUAUAGGAUUAAAUUGCAUAUUGUUAAAUGAUACUGAUUACUUCUGUAGCUUGCCUCUUAUAUACAUUUGAUGGAUUUUGAUUCCUCCCAUUUUCAUGAAA